AUGCUUCUCGCGUCUCUCCUUUAUCCCCCCUGCCCCGCCGCUCCCCCUUCCUCCCACUCCCUCCCUCCCUCCUGUCCCCCCAGCGACAUGAGCAACAACUCGUUCUACGGCCCAAUCAACAUGGACUUUGUGGGCAUGGUCCCCAAGCCCACCAGCGGCUUCACCAGGCCAGCCGUCAUCAACCUCGCCCAUAACUACUUUUACGGAGACCCUGUUGUGUAUGCCGGGGGCUUUAAGGCGUGCCCCACCCCCCGCAUCACCCGAAUCAACAUGUCUAAUCUCAACACUCUAGGGGACAGCACAGGGGGGAGCGAGCGCAGCGAAUCUGAUUCGCUGAAAGAGGCUGUGCAGUGUGUUCAGGCGUAUGCGACUGUGCAGGCGAGCUAUAAGGGCAACUGCCUGUCGGUGAACAGGCAGGUGAAGUGCUCGGUGACGGAGGUGCAGAGGGAUGCACAGGAGUGCGCGGCGUUCUGCAGUGUGACGGACCUGGGCCCGUGCAAUGGGAGGGGGGCGUGUGUGCCGCCUGCGCAGGGGGAUACUGGCGCCGCGUUCAAGUGCAGGUGUGAGGCGCCCUACGUCACUGUCACUGUUGACAACGGCUCCACCUGUGCCUUCCCCACUGAGACAAGCUCAUCCUCCAUCCCCACGAUAGGCAUCGUGGGCCUGAGCUGCCUGCUGGGAAUCGCGUUGCUGGCGUCCGUGCUCUGCCUGCUGCUACGCCCCAAAAAGAAGAAGGGAGACUUCGCUGUCGUGUACAAGGGAGUUAACCCCACCACGGGGCAGCUCUGGGCCGUCAAGCGCAUCACUCUCAUGUCCAAUGACUUUGAAACGGAGGCGAGUACAGAACUGAAGCAUGGGCUCACAAGGAGGCGUGACCUGUGUUUUUUCUCAAGAGGCGAGUCUGCUGUUGCAAGUCAGCCUGGUCAAGCGAACCUGGACAUGCCUGCUGUCAUUCCUGUCUCUCCUCAGGAGCAGAUCCUCGUGUACGAGUUUGUAGAGCACGGGGACCUCUCUUUCCACCUCUUCAAGACGCAGAGUGAGCUCUGCAACAAUUCACCCACCCCACCCUCUCAACACUCUUUGUCCCCUUCUCCCUCCACCCCUCCCUCCACCCCUCCCUCCACCCCUCCCUCCACCCCUCCCCCACCCCUCCCUCCACCCCUCCCUCCACCCCUCCCUCCACCCCUCCCUCCACCCCUCCCUCCACCCCUCCCUCCACCCCUCCCUCCACCCCUCCCUCCACCCCUCCCUCCACCCCUCCCUCCACCCCUCCCUCCACCCCUCCCUCCACCCCUCCCUCCACCCCUCCCUCCACCCCUCCCUCCACCCCUCCCUCCACCCCUCCCUCCACCCCUCCCUCCACCCCUCUCUCCACCCCUCCCGCCCCACCCUCUCUCCUCAGAGCCGCUGACGCUGAGGCAGCGGUUGAAGCUGGCGGUGGGGGCAGCGGAGGGGUUGGCAUAUCUGCACGGCUUUGAGAAUCCCAUCAUUCACCGCGACAUCAAGCCCGCCAACAUCCUCGUCGGGGAUAACCUCACCGCCAAGGUUGCGGACUUUGGGCUGCUGAGGAAGCUCAAGUUUGGGGAGGGCGAGGGGCGGGCGACCAAGGUGGCGGGCACGCCGGGGUACGUGGACCCGGACUACAAUCGUACAGAGCUGGUUACCACCAAGAGCGACGUCUACAGCUUCGGCGUCGUGCUACUGGAAAUGCUCAGCGGGCGCCGCGUCACUGUGGAGGGCAGCACGCACAUCGGCAAAUGGGCGACCGCGCUGGUGCAGACCUACUCGCUCGACGAGCUCAAGGACCGUCGAAUGGAGGCCUCAGAGGAUGCCGUCGUCGAACUCGCAGAUCUGGCCCUUGAUUGCAUCAAGAUGCCUGGGAUCCGACGGCCAGAAAUGAAGGACGUGGUGAGGCGGCUGGAUGCGAUGCUCAAGGUCCACACGGUAGAGGAGGAAGACGAGAACGUGGUCGGCGAUCUAUUCUCAGCGUUCUCCGUUGGUUCGGCUGGGGAAGCUGGUUCGGCGGGCAUCGGUGGUUCGGCAGGCACGUUUGGUUCCACGACCACGGGUGCUUCGGCGACCACGAUUGGUUCGGCAGGCGGGCCUGUGUCUGGAUCUAAUGCUGCAGGCGCGCCGAGCCAACGGGACGAGCGGUACAGUCAGAUCGUGGCGGAGAGGGAAGAUAAAUUCAAACGGCAUUCCGUGGAGAGCGAAUCGCAGAGCUACAUCACCAUGAGACAGCCCAUCACCAAUCGUCUGCUCUGCCUGCGCAACCACAUGCUCCUCGCAGGCCUGCUCAACCGCACCCUCAUUAUCCCUUUCCACCGCUCUGAAACCAUCCUCAACUACGACCUGCACUUGGUGCUCGACCUCGCCUAUCUCCGGUCCUGCAUAGGCCCCACCGUCUUCACCACUGCUGAGUACUGCGUGCCUGGGGCAGCAACCUCGCAGCUGUUUCUGGUGGGGGGGGACCUGCUCAACCUGCACAUCUCUCAUCGUUCAACCGCAUCUCUCAUCGUUCAACCGCAUCUCUCAUCGUUCAACCGCAUCUCUCAUCGUUCAACCGCAUCUCUCAUCGUUCAACCGCAUCUCUCAUCGUUCAACCGCAUCUCUCAUCGUUCAACCGCAUCUCUCAUCGUUCAACCGCAUCUCUCAUCGUUCAACCGCAUCUCUCAUCGUUCAACCGCAUCUCUCAUCGUUCAACCGCAUCUCUCAUCGUUCAACCGCAUCUCUCAUCGUUCAACCGCAUCUCUCAUCGUUCAACCGCAUCUCUCAUCGUUCAACCGCAUCUCUCAUCGUUCAACCGCAUCUCUCAUCGUUCAACCGCAUCUCUCAUCGUUCAACCGCAUCUCUCAUCGUUCAACCGCAUCUCUCAUCGUUCAACCGCAUCUCUCAUCGUUCAACCGCAUCUCUCAUCGUUCAACCGCAUCUCUCAUCGUUCAACCGCAUCUCUCAUCGUUCAACCGCAUCUCUCAUCGUUCAACCGCAUCUCUCAUCGUUCAACCGCAUCUCUCAUCGUUCAACCGCAUCUCUCAUCGUUCAACCGCAUCUCUCAUCGUUCAACCGCAUCUCUCAUCGUUCAACCGCAUCUCUCAUCGUUCAACCGCAUCUCUCAUCGUUCAACCGCAUCUCUCAUCGUUCAACCGCAUCUCUCAUCGUUCAACCGCAUCUCUCAUCGUUCAACCGCAUCUCUCAUCGUUCAACCGCAUCUCUCAUCGUUCAACCGCAUCUCUCAUCGUUCAACCGCAUCUCUCAUCGUUCAACCGCAUCUCUCAUCGUUCAACCGCAUCUCUCAUCGUUCAACCGCAUCUCUCAUCGUUCAACCGCAUCUCUCAUCGUUCAACCGCAUCUCUCAUCGUUCAACCGCAUCUCUCAUCGUUCAACCGCAUCUCUCAUCGUUCAACCGCAUCUCUCAUCGUUCAACCGCAUCUCUCAUCGUUCAACCGCAUCUCUCAUCGUUCAACCGCAUCUCUCAUCGUUCAACCGCAUCUCUCAUCGUUCAACCGCAUCUCUCAUCGUUCAACCGCAUCUCUCAUCGUUCAACCGCAUCUCUCAUCGUUCAACCGCAUCUCUCAUCGUUCAACCGCAUCUCUCAUCGUUCAACCGCAUCUCUCAUCGUUCAACCGCAUCUCUCAUCGUUCAACCGCAUCUCUCAUCGUUCAACCGCAUCUCUCAUCGUUCAACCGCAUCUCUCAUCGUUCAACCGCAUCUCUCAUCGUUCAACCGCAUCUCUCAUCGUUCAACCGCAUCUCUCAUCGUUCAACCGCAUCUCUCAUCGUUCAACCGCAUCUCUCAUCGUUCAACCGCAUCUCUCAUCGUUCAACCGCAUCUCUCAUCGUUCAACCGCAUCUCUCAUCGUUCAACCGCAUCUCUCAUCGUUCAACCGCAUCUCUCAUCGUUCAACCGCAUCUCUCAUCGUUCAACCGCAUCUCUCAUCGUUCAACCGCAUCUCUCAUCGUUCAACCGCAUCUCUCAUCGUUCAACCGCAUCUCUCAUCGUUCAACCGCAUCUCUCAUCGUUCAACCGCAUCUCUCAUCGUUCAACCGCAUCUCUCAUCGUUCAACCGCAUCUCUCAUCGUUCAACCGCAUCUCUCAUCGUUCAACCGCAUCUCUCAUCGUUCAACCGCAUCUCUCAUCGUUCAACCGCAUCUCUCAUCGUUCAACCGCAUCUCUCAUCGUUCAACCGCAUCUCUCAUCGUUCAACCGCAUCUCUCAUCGUUCAACCGCAUCUCUCAUCGUUCAACCGCAUCUCUCAUCGUUCAACCGCAUCUCUCAUCGUUCAACCGCAUCUCUCAUCGUUCAACCGCAUCUCUCAUCGUUCAACCGCAUCUCUCAUCGUUCAACCGCAUCUCUCAUCGUUCAACCGCAUCUCUCAUCGUUCAACCGCAUCUCUCAUCGUUCAACCGCAUCUCUCAUCGUUCAACCGCAUCUCUCAUCGUUCAACCGCAUCUCUCAUCGUUCAACCGCAUCUCUCAUCGUUCAACCGCAUCUCUCAUCGUUCAACCGCAUCUCUCAUCGUUCAACCGCAUCUCUCAUCGUUCAACCGCAUCUCUCAUCGUUCAACCGCAUCUCUCAUCGUUCAACCGCAUCUCUCAUCGUUCAACCGCAUCUCUCAUCGUUCAACCGCAUCUCUCAUCGUUCAACCGCAUCUCUCAUCGUUCAACCGCAUCUCUCAUCGUUCAACCGCAUCUCUCAUCGUUCAACCGCAUCUCUCAUCGUUCAACCGCAUCUCUCAUCGUUCAACCGCAUCUCUCAUCGUUCAACCGCAUCUCUCAUCGUUCAACCGCAUCUCUCAUCGUUCAACCGCAUCUCUCAUCGUUCAACCGCAUCUCUCAUCGUUCAACCGCAUCUCUCAUCGUUCAACCGCAUCUCUCAUCGUUCAACCGCAUCUCUCAUCGUUCAACCGCAUCUCUCAUCGUUCAACCGCAUCUCUCAUCGUUCAACCGCAUCUCUCAUCGUUCAACCGCAUCUCUCAUCGUUCAACCGCAUCUCUCAUCGUUCAACCGCAUCUCUCAUCGUUCAACCGCAUCUCUCAUCGUUCAACCGCAUCUCUCAUCGUUCAACCGCAUCUCUCAUCGUUCAACCGCAUCUCUCAUCGUUCAACCGCAUCUCUCAUCGUUCAACCGCAUCUCUCAUCGUUCAACCGCAUCUCUCAUCGUUCAACCGCAUCUCUCAUCGUUCAACCGCAUCUCUCAUCGUUCAACCGCAUCUCUCAUCGUUCAACCGCAUCUCUCAUCGUUCAACCGCAUCUCUCAUCGUUCAACCGCAUCUCUCAUCGUUCAACCGCAUCUCUCAUCGUUCAACCGCAUCUCUCAUCGUUCAACCGCAUCUCUCAUCGUUCAACCGCAUCUCUCAUCGUUCAACCGCAUCUCUCAUCGUUCAACCGCAUCUCUCAUCGUUCAACCGCAUCUCUCAUCGUUCAACCGCAUCUCUCAUCGUUCAACCGCAUCUCUCAUCGUUCAACCGCAUCUCUCAUCGUUCAACCGCAUCUCUCAUCGUUCAACCGCAUCUCUCAUCGUUCAACCGCAUCUCUCAUCGUUCAACCGCAUCUCUCAUCGUUCAACCGCAUCUCUCAUCGUUCAACCGCAUCUCUCAUCGUUCAACCGCAUCUCUCAUCGUUCAACCGCAUCUCUCAUCGUUCAACCGCAUCUCUCAUCGUUCAACCGCAUCUCUCAUCGUUCAACCGCAUCUCUCAUCGUUCAACCGCAUCUCUCAUCGUUCAACCGCAUCUCUCAUCGUUCAACCGCAUCUCUCAUCGUUCAACCGCAUCUCUCAUCGUUCAACCGCAUCUCUCAUCGUUCAACCGCAUCUCUCAUCGUUCAACCGCAUCUCUCAUCGUUCAACCGCAUCUCUCAUCGUUCAACCGCAUCUCUCAUCGUUCAACCGCAUCUCUCAUCGUUCAACCGCAUCUCUCAUCGUUCAACCGCAUCUCUCAUCGUUCAACCGCAUCUCUCAUCGUUCAACCGCAUCUCUCAUCGUUCAACCGCAUCUCUCAUCGUUCAACCGCAUCUCUCAUCGUUCAACCGCAUCUCUCAUCGUUCAACCGCAUCUCUCAUCGUUCAACCGCAUCUCUCAUCGUUCAACCGCAUCUCUCAUCGUUCAACCGCAUCUCUCAUCGUUCAACCGCAUCUCUCAUCGUUCAACCGCAUCUCUCAUCGUUCAACCGCAUCUCUCAUCGUUCAACCGCAUCUCUCAUCGUUCAACCGCAUCUCUCAUCGUUCAACCGCAUCUCUCAUCGUUCAACCGCAUCUCUCAUCGUUCAACCGCAUCUCUCAUCGUUCAACCGCAUCUCUCAUCGUUCAACCGCAUCUCUCAUCGUUCAACCGCAUCUCUCAUCGUUCAACCGCAUCUCUCAUCGUUCAACCGCAUCUCUCAUCGUUCAACCGCAUCUCUCAUCGUUCAACCGCAUCUCUCAUCGUUCAACCGCAUCUCUCAUCGUUCAACCGCAUCUCUCAUCGUUCAACCGCAUCUCUCAUCGUUCAACCGCAUCUCUCAUCGUUCAACCGCAUCUCUCAUCGUUCAACCGCAUCUCUCAUCGUUCAACCGCAUCUCUCAUCGUUCAACCGCAUCUCUCAUCGUUCAACCGCAUCUCUCAUCGUUCAACCGCAUCUCUCAUCGUUCAACCGCAUCUCUCAUCGUUCAACCGCAUCUCUCAUCGUUCAACCGCAUCUCUCAUCGUUCAACCGCAUCUCUCAUCGUUCAACCGCAUCUCUCAUCGUUCAACCGCAUCUCUCAUCGUUCAACCGCAUCUCUCAUCGUUCAACCGCAUCUCUCAUCGUUCAACCGCAUCUCUCAUCGUUCAACCGCAUCUCUCAUCGUUCAACCGCAUCUCUCAUCGUUCAACCGCAUCUCUCAUCGUUCAACCGCAUCUCUCAUCGUUCAACCGCAUCUCUCAUCGUUCAACCGCAUCUCUCAUCGUUCAACCGCAUCUCUCAUCGUUCAACCGCAUCUCUCAUCGUUCAACCGCAUCUCUCAUCGUUCAACCGCAUCUCUCAUCGUUCAACCGCAUCUCUCAUCGUUCAACCGCAUCUCUCAUCGUUCAACCGCAUCUCUCAUCGUUCAACCGCAUCUCUCAUCGUUCAACCGCAUCUCUCAUCGUUCAACCGCAUCUCUCAUCGUUCAACCGCAUCUCUCAUCGUUCAACCGCAUCUCUCAUCGUUCAACCGCAUCUCUCAUCGUUCAACCGCAUCUCUCAUCGUUCAACCGCAUCUCUCAUCGUUCAACCGCAUCUCUCAUCGUUCAACCGCAUCUCUCAUCGUUCAACCGCAUCUCUCAUCGUUCAACCGCAUCUCUCAUCGUUCAACCGCAUCUCUCAUCGUUCAACCGCAUCUCUCAUCGUUCAACCGCAUCUCUCAUCGUUCAACCGCAUCUCUCAUCGUUCAACCGCAUCUCUCAUCGUUCAACCGCAUCUCUCAUCGUUCAACCGCAUCUCUCAUCGUUCAACCGCAUCUCUCAUCGUUCAACCGCAUCUCUCAUCGUUCAACCGCAUCUCUCAUCGUUCAACCGCAUCUCUCAUCGUUCAACCGCAUCUCUCAUCGUUCAACCGCAUCUCUCAUCGUUCAACCGCAUCUCUCAUCGUUCAACCGCAUCUCUCAUCGUUCAACCGCAUCUCUCAUCGUUCAACCGCAUCUCUCAUCGUUCAACCGCAUCUCUCAUCGUUCAACCGCAUCUCUCAUCGUUCAACCGCAUCUCUCAUCGUUCAACCGCAUCUCUCAUCGUUCAACCGCAUCUCUCAUCGUUCAACCGCAUCUCUCAUCGUUCAACCGCAUCUCUCAUCGUUCAACCGCAUCUCUCAUCGUUCAACCGCAUCUCUCAUCGUUCAACCGCAUCUCUCAUCGUUCAACCGCAUCUCUCAUCGUUCAACCGCAUCUCUCAUCGUUCAACCGCAUCUCUCAUCGUUCAACCGCAUCUCUCAUCGUUCAACCGCAUCUCUCAUCGUUCAACCGCAUCUCUCAUCGUUCAACCGCAUCUCUCAUCGUUCAACCGCAUCUCUCAUCGUUCAACCGCAUCUCUCAUCGUUCAACCGCAUCUCUCAUCGUUCAACCGCAUCUCUCAUCGUUCAACCGCAUCUCUCAUCGUUCAACCGCAUCUCUCAUCGUUCAACCGCAUCUCUCAUCGUUCAACCGCAUCUCUCAUCGUUCAACCGCAUCUCUCAUCGUUCAACCGCAUCUCUCAUCGUUCAACCGCAUCUCUCAUCGUUCAACCGCAUCUCUCAUCGUUCAACCGCAUCUCUCAUCGUUCAACCGCAUCUCUCAUCGUUCAACCGCAUCUCUCAUCGUUCAACCGCAUCUCUCAUCGUUCAACCGCAUCUCUCAUCGUUCAACCGCAUCUCUCAUCGUUCAACCGCAUCUCUCAUCGUUCAACCGCAUCUCUCAUCGUUCAACCGCAUCUCUCAUCGUUCAACCGCAUCUCUCAUCGUUCAACCGCAUCUCUCAUCGUUCAACCGCAUCUCUCAUCGUUCAACCGCAUCUCUCAUCGUUCAACCGCAUCUCUCAUCGUUCAACCGCAUCUCUCAUCGUUCAACCGCAUCUCUCAUCGUUCAACCGCAUCUCUCAUCGUUCAACCGCAUCUCUCAUCGUUCAACCGCAUCUCUCAUCGUUCAACCGCAUCUCUCAUCGUUCAACCGCAUCUCUCAUCGUUCAACCGCAUCUCUCAUCGUUCAACCGCAUCUCUCAUCGUUCAACCGCAUCUCUCAUCGUUCAACCGCAUCUCUCAUCGUUCAACCGCAUCUCUCAUCGUUCAACCGCAUCUCUCAUCGUUCAACCGCAUCUCUCAUCGUUCAACCGCAUCUCUCAUCGUUCAACCGCAUCUCUCAUCGUUCAACCGCAUCUCUCAUCGUUCAACCGCAUCUCUCAUCGUUCAACCGCAUCUCUCAUCGUUCAACCGCAUCUCUCAUCGUUCAACCGCAUCUCUCAUCGUUCAACCGCAUCUCUCAUCGUUCAACCGCAUCUCUCAUCGUUCAACCGCAUCUCUCAUCGUUCAACCGCAUCUCUCAUCGUUCAACCGCAUCUCUCAUCGUUCAACCGCAUCUCUCAUCGUUCAACCGCAUCUCUCAUCGUUCAACCGCAUCUCUCAUCGUUCAACCGCAUCUCUCAUCGUUCAACCGCAUCUCUCAUCGUUCAACCGCAUCUCUCAUCGUUCAACCGCAUCUCUCAUCGUUCAACCGCAUCUCUCAUCGUUCAACCGCAUCUCUCAUCGUUCAACCGCAUCUCUCAUCGUUCAACCGCAUCUCUCAUCGUUCAACCGCAUCUCUCAUCGUUCAACCGCAUCUCUCAUCGUUCAACCGCAUCUCUCAUCGUUCAACCGCAUCUCUCAUCGUUCAACCGCAUCUCUCAUCGUUCAACCGCAUCUCUCAUCGUUCAACCGCAUCUCUCAUCGUUCAACCGCAUCUCUCAUCGUUCAACCGCAUCUCUCAUCGUUCAACCGCAUCUCUCAUCGUUCAACCGCAUCUCUCAUCGUUCAACCGCAUCUCUCAUCGUUCAACCGCAUCUCUCAUCGUUCAACCGCAUCUCUCAUCGUUCAACCGCAUCUCUCAUCGUUCAACCGCAUCUCUCAUCGUUCAACCGCAUCUCUCAUCGUUCAACCGCAUCUCUCAUCGUUCAACCGCAUCUCUCAUCGUUCAACCGCAUCUCUCAUCGUUCAACCGCAUCUCUCAUCGUUCAACCGCAUCUCUCAUCGUUCAACCGCAUCUCUCAUCGUUCAACCGCAUCUCUCAUCGUUCAACCGCAUCUCUCAUCGUUCAACCGCAUCUCUCAUCGUUCAACCGCAUCUCUCAUCGUUCAACCGCAUCUCUCAUCGUUCAACCGCAUCUCUCAUCGUUCAACCGCAUCUCUCAUCGUUCAACCGCAUCUCUCAUCGUUCAACCGCAUCUCUCAUCGUUCAACCGCAUCUCUCAUCGUUCAACCGCAUCUCUCAUCGUUCAACCGCAUCUCUCAUCGUUCAACCGCAUCUCUCAUCGUUCAACCGCAUCUCUCAUCGUUCAACCGCAUCUCUCAUCGUUCAACCGCAUCUCUCAUCGUUCAACCGCAUCUCUCAUCGUUCAACCGCAUCUCUCAUCGUUCAACCGCAUCUCUCAUCGUUCAACCGCAUCUCUCAUCGUUCAACCGCAUCUCUCAUCGUUCAACCGCAUCUCUCAUCGUUCAACCGCAUCUCUCAUCGUUCAACCGCAUCUCUCAUCGUUCAACCGCAUCUCUCAUCGUUCAACCGCAUCUCUCAUCGUUCAACCGCAUCUCUCAUCGUUCAACCGCAUCUCUCAUCGUUCAACCGCAUCUCUCAUCGUUCAACCGCAUCUCUCAUCGUUCAACCGCAUCUCUCAUCGUUCAACCGCAUCUCUCAUCGUUCAACCGCAUCUCUCAUCGUUCAACCGCAUCUCUCAUCGUUCAACCGCAUCUCUCAUCGUUCAACCGCAUCUCUCAUCGUUCAACCGCAUCUCUCAUCGUUCAACCGCAUCUCUCAUCGUUCAACCGCAUCUCUCAUCGUUCAACCGCAUCUCUCAUCGUUCAACCGCAUCUCUCAUCGUUCAACCGCAUCUCUCAUCGUUCAACCGCAUCUCUCAUCGUUCAACCGCAUCUCUCAUCGUUCAACCGCAUCUCUCAUCGUUCAACCGCAUCUCUCAUCGUUCAACCGCAUCUCUCAUCGUUCAACCGCAUCUCUCAUCGUUCAACCGCAUCUCUCAUCGUUCAACCGCAUCUCUCAUCGUUCAACCGCAUCUCUCAUCGUUCAACCGCAUCUCUCAUCGUUCAACCGCAUCUCUCAUCGUUCAACCGCAUCUCUCAUCGUUCAACCGCAUCUCUCAUCGUUCAACCGCAUCUCUCAUCGUUCAACCGCAUCUCUCAUCGUUCAACCGCAUCUCUCAUCGUUCAACCGCAUCUCUCAUCGUUCAACCGCAUCUCUCAUCGUUCAACCGCAUCUCUCAUCGUUCAACCGCAUCUCUCAUCGUUCAACCGCAUCUCUCAUCGUUCAACCGCAUCUCUCAUCGUUCAACCGCAUCUCUCAUCGUUCAACCGCAUCUCUCAUCGUUCAACCGCAUCUCUCAUCGUUCAACCGCAUCUCUCAUCGUUCAACCGCAUCUCUCAUCGUUCAACCGCAUCUCUCAUCGUUCAACCGCAUCUCUCAUCGUUCAACCGCAUCUCUCAUCGUUCAACCGCAUCUCUCAUCGUUCAACCGCAUCUCUCAUCGUUCAACCGCAUCUCUCAUCGUUCAACCGCAUCUCUCAUCGUUCAACCGCAUCUCUCAUCGUUCAACCGCAUCUCUCAUCGUUCAACCGCAUCUCUCAUCGUUCAACCGCAUCUCUCAUCGUUCAACCGCAUCUCUCAUCGUUCAACCGCAUCUCUCAUCGUUCAACCGCAUCUCUCAUCGUUCAACCGCAUCUCUCAUCGUUCAACCGCAUCUCUCAUCGUUCAACCGCAUCUCUCAUCGUUCAACCGCAUCUCUCAUCGUUCAACCGCAUCUCUCAUCGUUCAACCGCAUCUCUCAUCGUUCAACCGCAUCUCUCAUCGUUCAACCGCAUCUCUCAUCGUUCAACCGCAUCUCUCAUCGUUCAACCGCAUCUCUCAUCGUUCAACCGCAUCUCUCAUCGUUCAACCGCAUCUCUCAUCGUUCAACCGCAUCUCUCAUCGUUCAACCGCAUCUCUCAUCGUUCAACCGCAUCUCUCAUCGUUCAACCGCAUCUCUCAUCGUUCAACCGCAUCUCUCAUCGUUCAACCGCAUCUCUCAUCGUUCAACCGCAUCUCUCAUCGUUCAACCGCAUCUCUCAUCGUUCAACCGCAUCUCUCAUCGUUCAACCGCAUCUCUCAUCGUUCAACCGCAUCUCUCAUCGUUCAACCGCAUCUCUCAUCGUUCAACCGCAUCUCUCAUCGUUCAACCGCAUCUCUCAUCGUUCAACCGCAUCUCUCAUCGUUCAACCGCAUCUCUCAUCGUUCAACCGCAUCUCUCAUCGUUCAACCGCAUCUCUCAUCGUUCAACCGCAUCUCUCAUCGUUCAACCGCAUCUCUCAUCGUUCAACCGCAUCUCUCAUCGUUCAACCGCAUCUCUCAUCGUUCAACCGCAUCUCUCAUCGUUCAACCGCAUCUCUCAUCGUUCAACCGCAUCUCUCAUCGUUCAACCGCAUCUCUCAUCGUUCAACCGCAUCUCUCAUCGUUCAACCGCAUCUCUCAUCGUUCAACCGCAUCUCUCAUCGUUCAACCGCAUCUCUCAUCGUUCAACCGCAUCUCUCAUCGUUCAACCGCAUCUCUCAUCGUUCAACCGCAUCUCUCAUCGUUCAACCGCAUCUCUCAUCGUUCAACCGCAUCUCUCAUCGUUCAACCGCAUCUCUCAUCGUUCAACCGCAUCUCUCAUCGUUCAACCGCAUCUCUCAUCGUUCAACCGCAUCUCUCAUCGUUCAACCGCAUCUCUCAUCGUUCAACCGCAUCUCUCAUCGUUCAACCGCAUCUCUCAUCGUUCAACCGCAUCUCUCAUCGUUCAACCGCAUCUCUCAUCGUUCAACCGCAUCUCUCAUCGUUCAACCGCAUCUCUCAUCGUUCAACCGCAUCUCUCAUCGUUCAACCGCAUCUCUCAUCGUUCAACCGCAUCUCUCAUCGUUCAACCGCAUCUCUCAUCGUUCAACCGCAUCUCUCAUCGUUCAACCGCAUCUCUCAUCGUUCAACCGCAUCUCUCAUCGUUCAACCGCAUCUCUCAUCGUUCAACCGCAUCUCUCAUCGUUCAACCGCAUCUCUCAUCGUUCAACCGCAUCUCUCAUCGUUCAACCGCAUCUCUCAUCGUUCAACCGCAUCUCUCAUCGUUCAACCGCAUCUCUCAUCGUUCAACCGCAUCUCUCAUCGUUCAACCGCAUCUCUCAUCGUUCAACCGCAUCUCUCAUCGUUCAACCGCAUCUCUCAUCGUUCAACCGCAUCUCUCAUCGUUCAACCGCAUCUCUCAUCGUUCAACCGCAUCUCUCAUCGUUCAACCGCAUCUCUCAUCGUUCAACCGCAUCUCUCAUCGUUCAACCGCAUCUCUCAUCGUUCAACCGCAUCUCUCAUCGUUCAACCGCAUCUCUCAUCGUUCAACCGCAUCUCUCAUCGUUCAACCGCAUCUCUCAUCGUUCAACCGCAUCUCUCAUCGUUCAACCGCAUCUCUCAUCGUUCAACCGCAUCUCUCAUCGUUCAACCGCAUCUCUCAUCGUUCAACCGCAUCUCUCAUCGUUCAACCGCAUCUCUCAUCGUUCAACCGCAUCUCUCAUCGUUCAACCGCAUCUCUCAUCGUUCAACCGCAUCUCUCAUCGUUCAACCGCAUCUCUCAUCGUUCAACCGCAUCUCUCAUCGUUCAACCGCAUCUCUCAUCGUUCAACCGCAUCUCUCAUCGUUCAACCGCAUCUCUCAUCGUUCAACCGCAUCUCUCAUCGUUCAACCGCAUCUCUCAUCGUUCAACCGCAUCUCUCAUCGUUCAACCGCAUCUCUCAUCGUUCAACCGCAUCUCUCAUCGUUCAACCGCAUCUCUCAUCGUUCAACCGCAUCUCUCAUCGUUCAACCGCAUCUCUCAUCGUUCAACCGCAUCUCUCAUCGUUCAACCGCAUCUCUCAUCGUUCAACCGCAUCUCUCAUCGUUCAACCGCAUCUCUCAUCGUUCAACCGCAUCUCUCAUCGUUCAACCGCAUCUCUCAUCGUUCAACCGCAUCUCUCAUCGUUCAACCGCAUCUCUCAUCGUUCAACCGCAUCUCUCAUCGUUCAACCGCAUCUCUCAUCGUUCAACCGCAUCUCUCAUCGUUCAACCGCAUCUCUCAUCGUUCAACCGCAUCUCUCAUCGUUCAACCGCAUCUCUCAUCGUUCAACCGCAUCUCUCAUCGUUCAACCGCAUCUCUCAUCGUUCAACCGCAUCUCUCAUCGUUCAACCGCAUCUCUCAUCGUUCAACCGCAUCUCUCAUCGUUCAACCGCAUCUCUCAUCGUUCAACCGCAUCUCUCAUCGUUCAACCGCAUCUCUCAUCGUUCAACCGCAUCUCUCAUCGUUCAACCGCAUCUCUCAUCGUUCAACCGCAUCUCUCAUCGUUCAACCGCAUCUCUCAUCGUUCAACCGCAUCUCUCAUCGUUCAACCGCAUCUCUCAUCGUUCAACCGCAUCUCUCAUCGUUCAACCGCAUCUCUCAUCGUUCAACCGCAUCUCUCAUCGUUCAACCGCAUCUCUCAUCGUUCAACCGCAUCUCUCAUCGUUCAACCGCAUCUCUCAUCGUUCAACCGCAUCUCUCAUCGUUCAACCGCAUCUCUCAUCGUUCAACCGCAUCUCUCAUCGUUCAACCGCAUCUCUCAUCGUUCAACCGCAUCUCUCAUCGUUCAACCGCAUCUCUCAUCGUUCAACCGCAUCUCUCAUCGUUCAACCGCAUCUCUCAUCGUUCAACCGCAUCUCUCAUCGUUCAACCGCAUCUCUCAUCGUUCAACCGCAUCUCUCAUCGUUCAACCGCAUCUCUCAUCGUUCAACCGCAUCUCUCAUCGUUCAACCGCAUCUCUCAUCGUUCAACCGCAUCUCUCAUCGUUCAACCGCAUCUCUCAUCGUUCAACCGCAUCUCUCAUCGUUCAACCGCAUCUCUCAUCGUUCAACCGCAUCUCUCAUCGUUCAACCGCAUCUCUCAUCGUUCAACCGCAUCUCUCAUCGUUCAACCGCAUCUCUCAUCGUUCAACCGCAUCUCUCAUCGUUCAACCGCAUCUCUCAUCGUUCAACCGCAUCUCUCAUCGUUCAACCGCAUCUCUCAUCGUUCAACCGCAUCUCUCAUCGUUCAACCGCAUCUCUCAUCGUUCAACCGCAUCUCUCAUCGUUCAACCGCAUCUCUCAUCGUUCAACCGCAUCUCUCAUCGUUCAACCGCAUCUCUCAUCGUUCAACCGCAUCUCUCAUCGUUCAACCGCAUCUCUCAUCGUUCAACCGCAUCUCUCAUCGUUCAACCGCAUCUCUCAUCGUUCAACCGCAUCUCUCAUCGUUCAACCGCAUCUCUCAUCGUUCAACCGCAUCUCUCAUCGUUCAACCGCAUCUCUCAUCGUUCAACCGCAUCUCUCAUCGUUCAACCGCAUCUCUCAUCGUUCAACCGCAUCUCUCAUCGUUCAACCGCAUCUCUCAUCGUUCAACCGCAUCUCUCAUCGUUCAACCGCAUCUCUCAUCGUUCAACCGCAUCUCUCAUCGUUCAACCGCAUCUCUCAUCGUUCAACCGCAUCUCUCAUCGUUCAACCGCAUCUCUCAUCGUUCAACCGCAUCUCUCAUCGUUCAACCGCAUCUCUCAUCGUUCAACCGCAUCUCUCAUCGUUCAACCGCAUCUCUCAUCGUUCAACCGCAUCUCUCAUCGUUCAACCGCAUCUCUCAUCGUUCAACCGCAUCUCUCAUCGUUCAACCGCAUCUCUCAUCGUUCAACCGCAUCUCUCCACUCUCUCGCAUCUCCCUGCCGCCCAUUCCUCCCUCUAUUGCUCUCCCUGCACUGACCCACCAGGUACUCCUUGCCUGGGGAAGCAACCCCGUGCCUGGUGCUGGUGGGGGGGGACCUGCUCAACCUGCACGUCUCCCAUCCCAUCAUCCAACCACAUCUCUCACUGCUUCCCCUCACCCCUACCCACACUGCCCCACCAGGUGCUGCGGGCCUUUGGCAGCAACUCUGUGCCUGUGCUCGUGGUGGGGGACCUCCUCAACCUGCACGUCUCUCACGCACAUGAAGCGACGGUGGAAGGGGGCACCACCCCCGUCACCACAGCACCACAGCCCUUCCUGGACCUGCCUUUCCGCCGCUCAGCCUCCUGCCCCUCGCCGCUCCUCCUGCGCCCACGCCCCGCACUGCUGGAGAGUGCGGAGCUGCUGGUGGCUCAGCUGUUUGGGGGGCGGCCGUUCCUGGCGCUGCACUGGCGGCGGGGCGACUUCAAGCCCUGGUGCUUCUGGCGCGGACCCAAGAACGCGUGCUUCUACCCCGUGCACCAGGUGGCGCAUUGGGUGGUGGAGAGGGUGAAGGAGAGCGGCAUAGAUGAUUUCUUUCUUGCCACCAACGCCAAGCUCAAGGAGGUGAGAGAGGCAGUGUCCUGGUCUUGGUGUGGUGAUCAGUGUGGGGUGGAUGGGGGGAGAGUGUGCUCCAAUGGUGGAUGGGGGGAGAGUGUGCUCCAAUGGCGGAAUGGAGGAAGAGCGUGUGAAACGCAUGCCAAGCUCAAGCUGCAGGAGCUCGCCCGCAAGAUAGCUCGCAUCACACCCCUCAGCAUCACCUUCCACCGCCUUCCACCCCUCACUGGCACUGUGGGCAAAGCCCCCGUUAUAAUCACAUACGCUAAUGCCACUAACGGUGCCACCGUCACCAUAACUAGCAGCAUGAGCAGCAGGACCAACACCAGCAAUAACCCAGAGUUUGAAGGUCAAAACCAGUUUGUUGAUUGGGUUACGCCUAUAGCUUCCAUUGUGAGCGACAGCAGGAACAUUGGCAUAGCACCAUCUGUGCUGGAGAAGCUGGUGUGUGCGCAGGCUACGGUGUUCUUUGGCUCUGUUGCCUCCACCUUCUCGCAGGAUAUUCAGCGCUUGAGACACGGCCUGCGUACUGCACACUGUAAUGAUACGAAUAUUUGUGCUGGCGAGACAGAAUGGGUAAAGAACAAAGGGAGAAGAUAG